CCCUUCCAGAAAGUCCCUUGACUGAUGUUAUUUUCUGAGUAUUUGCUUUCUGAUAAGCAAUGAUGAGUGGAUGCUCAUCAAAUCUAUUAGCUUUGUCCUGUGAAGGCUGUGAGAACUACUGGUUUUUCCAAAUUGUCUCAAAUUUAGUGCCUCAACACUGAUAUUUCUGUUUUAUGUUUUGUAGUGCACCUCUCCCUUAUUUUUUGCACCAAAGAGACGUUGUAAUUUGUUGAUGGUUAGCACUGCUCUUGAUUCCUCCCACUGCUGUUGAAUCACAUGUGCAUUUCAUUCCUCAUGUCCAGUUGCCAAGGUAGCAGAUGCAAAAACAAAUUAGAUGAGCUUUGCAGAAGGUUUUGGGGAUCCUUUAGAACAAAAGGUGCCAGAGAAACACAAAGUCUUCUUGAGAACAUAAUUUAUUAGUCUAGCCAAAAGCAGUGUGGGAGUCUGGAUUUAGGGUUUGCAGCUGUUUUAUUUAAAAAUCCACUUUCUGCAAAUUUAGAGGAGCUUGUGAUAUUGUAAAGAUGUUGAGCAGUGUGACAGCCUUUCAGUCAAACUAGGUGUUAUUUAUUUAUCUUUUAACUCCUUUUCACCUCCCUCUUCUAAUAAAAGGGCAUCCCUUUGUGGGAUUUAAUUUCAUUUAAUGGUGGGGUUGGAAUUUUCAGAACUGUAGUCCUGAGUCAUAGUUGAGCCUUUUGGAGCCUUGCUGCCCAGGGAACACGGAACACAGCUUUUACUCUGUAUUUCUUUUGGAUGUAGCAGAUAUAUUCAUGUUAAUUAGUUAUAUUUUGAACAAGCAUCCUGAUGUUAUCACAAUAUAAAUGUCAAUGCUUCAAAAAAACAUUUCAGCAGAAUUGCAUAAAUAUGUCCUAAAUAACAACCUCUAAAUCAAGUGUCUCUCAUUUAGCUUUUUGAUGUGAAUUUUUUGUGUUUACUAUUUCCUCUCUCAGAGUUUCUUUUCUCCAUUAAGUCAGCUCCCACUUUCUGAGUGUAAAAUAUUUGGCAGUUUAUCCAAGGGGAGAAAUGAUCUUGUGCUGGUUCUGAGCAUAAGGAGUUUUGAGACUGGCUGAUUUCUCAGGAGCAAGAAUCAACAUUCGACAGCUGAUGGACUUAGAGCUCCUGAAGAGGCUGCGCCAGACCAGCCAGGACCUUCUGCAGAGGCUGAGAAUGAAGCAGGAGGAGAUCAGAAAAGGACUUCCCAGCAAGCAGCUCCUUCCACCAUCUCAUCAUGGCAGUGCAGCUGCUGAGAGAUGGAGGAGAGUGAAGGAACAUCAGGUCGAUGCAGUAAAAUCUCCAGCUGGAAUAAUGGUGUCUGUGGAACCCAGAGCUGGCCCAGCCCUCAGUUCAUGUCCUAAACACAGCAGCAAUGCCAGAGGGGUACAGCAGCAACAAGCAAAGACACAGGAAGGAGCAGGUUUCAAUUCCAACCUUGCUGGGAAAGGAAAGAAUGUUAUGCCAGUGUCUGCAGUCAUUAUGUGUGGCAGAAAAAUCUCCAGAGUGGAUGGGGAUGGUGGUGCUCAAGGAAGUCCAGAGAAAGAAUCCUCCUUCCUGGGACAUGGAGAGAACAGAAAACAGUCUCCUCUGCUGCAUGGUUUCCAUGAGAAAAGUCGUCCAGGGCCAUCACUGAGCAGAGUGCAAAAUAAAGAGGCUGGUGAGCAGCACAUGGUCAUCAGAGAGCCCCACGGCCCUAAAUCAGUCUUGUUGAUGUCUCCAUCCAAAGAGGUGAAGAAGGAAGCUCGUCAUGUGACUUUUCAGCCUGACCCUGCAGAAGAUGCCAUACCUGUCAGCAGCUGGUCUGCCCAUCCUUUGCUGGGCUAUGACUGGAUUGCAGGGCUUCUUGAUACAAAGUCUCCAGUAACAGAAAAAUCUGAGCAAUACUUUGCUGAGCUGCACGAGUUCCGACAGUCCAACAGAGACAGCUGUAUUCAUCAGCAGCACCUGGAGCCUGAGGCUCUGGAUUGCACAGGUCCUGAACAACGAGAACUGGAUUUGAUAAUUGGUUCUCAUAAGUGUGUUUACUGCUAUGGAUUAAACGAGCGCCUCUUCACCAUCCCCGUGGAUUCAGAAGCUGCCUGCCCUGUGUGUAAGAUCCCACGUAGCCACCAGCCCCCAGGGACACUGGAGGAGCCAACCCAUGUCAUGGUCAGCAUUCCCAGGGGUGCCCUCUUGCCAGCCCACAAGUACAGAGCCCAUCGCAGGAGGAGCUUUGAGCCAGCAGAUGAUCUAGCUCUGCACUCACAUUGCCUGGCUGGCUGGGAAAGCAUGGUUCCUUCCAGCAGCACCCUAUUCAGCAGUUUGGAUCUGAGAGCCUCACUGGAAGAGAAGCCUUCUCCCUAUCCUCACCUGGACAAAGUGUCCAGAGUGUUAAGAGAAGCCAGAACUGACAAGUUUCUGCACCUGCCUCACUUGCACACCUGAGGUUUAGCAGAGCAAACCAGGACACCUGACAGCAGCCCUCAGCCCAGACCCCACUCCAGCAACACUCUGGAUCAUGACUGCCCUGGGGAAGGGAUGGGCACAGCACGUGGAAACAACUCAGAAACAAAGCAAUGUGGAUAGAAAUAAAUCUUUGGACAGAUUUCCCCCAGUUUUCAUAGUCAUGUGCUUAUGUGAGCAGCCGAUAGACAGAUCUGAGAUUGCACAGUCACUGUGUCGAUUUUGUAUUUUUUGCCUUUUACAGCUCCUGAGAGCUGGAUGAAGUGUCCCAGCUGGGGCUGGAUAAAGUCAAGUGUGCAGGAUCAUUGGUGCAUCUGCCACCUCCACUGAGUGACCAGCAGUGUAGCACUAACUCUGAAUGCCAGGGUGAGGAAUUGGCCUGUGAAGGGCCUGGCUCAGUGGAGUGACACAAAUAAGUUUAUUUCCAAAUGUUUGAAACAUGACACAGUUUUCUAGUGUAUUAAACUUGAGUACCUCAAUGAUUUGUAAAAAUGUUUAAAAUUCAGGUUAUUCUCAGUGCAACGUGUGUAGCUGCAGGGUGUAGCACAUCAGAGUAACUUUGAAUGUGAAAAAAAAUUAAAAUGAGAUUUUGUUCACCAAUGAGCUAGAUAAUGCCUUAAAAUGGUUGCAUAUUUUGCUUACCUCUACUACUCCAAGUUUUCUGGAGAUAAGCCAAAAAAGCAUUUUAGAAUUUUUAAAUUGUACCAAACCAAAGUACUUCACAUAGUGUGAUUUGUUUGAACUUUAUAGACUGAUCUUACUUCCCAUGUCUGAAAACAAUAAAACUGAUGUUUUAUUUUGCUUUGAA